CAUUUUGAAAACAAGUAAUUUUGGUCUGAAGCUUUGAUCAAUUCUUAAAGGAUACCAUGGAUUGUCUUCAUUAUAGGUGGUACAAUAUAAGCAACGAUGCGCCGACUUGGAGAAUCAAAUGUUGGAGACAACUCCUCGCAGCGAGAGUUAUAAGCCAUCAUCAAGUAAGAGUAUAGCUUUGCCGGCGCCUGCCGUGCUGUCCACAUCUUCCAGCGACACUCAGAGGGAUGAGCGAAUCAAUGACGUUGAGACCGCUCUACGGCGUCUGGAUGAAGAAAAGCGGAAAUGUGAAAAGCUUAUUGCCCAGAAUAACCUACUACGGGAUCAGUUGGAAGAAUCACAUCAAUUAAAUGAAGCACUGACUAAUGAUCUUCAGAAGCUGAGCAAUGACUGGGAAGCUCUCAGAGAUGAGAUGGCAAUUAAGGAAGAUGAGUGGAAAGAUGAGGAGCAGGCUUUCAAUGACUAUUAUUCAAAUGAACACAAUCGCCUACUUAGUCUGUGGCGUGAAGUAGUAUCUGUGAAGAGGUUCUUCUCAGACCUGCAGACAAAUACAGAAAGAGACCUGUAUAAGGCAAAGAAUGAUAUUGAUUCGGUGACUCGAGAUCUAGUUGGGACAUUGAGUAGCUAUGCCAUUAAUGCCUAUGCUUCUCAUGACACUUGUAAGCUGGACGCGCAAACCGCACAAUCGCAAACAACGCCAUCUAUUGACAACUUGCGGUCAGAGUUACACAGUGCAGCGACGCAGCGGGACAACGCGCUCGCAGAGCUGAGGGAGAGAGACACCCGCAUACAGCGUUUGUUGCAAGAGCUACAGGGAUUGGAGGAGCGGUGCGAGCACGCAGAGGCGGUGUGUGCGGAGGCGGGCGUGACCCGUGCCGCACUCGAGGAGGUGGCUCGCGCGCUCAUACACGACUCCGAUACUGACACGCACGCACACUCCGCUGCGACGCAUAUGCGGGUGCCCGACAGUUCGCCGAAGCGGAAUGCGUGUUCGAACGCGAGCGCAUUCGCAGAGAGUACAAUCUCGGCCGUACACGCCGCGCUGCACAAGUACCAAAUACAGAUACACGAGCUACAGGUGAAGUUACAGAAUAGUCGUGAGCAGUUGUCAACGAGUCGCAAGCAGUGCGAGGCCUCUGAGAGUACUGUCACCAGCCUUGAGAAGAAAGUUCACGACCUUCAAGGUAAAUGUGAUCAAGCAAAUUCGGAGCUAAAUCAAACAAUACAAGAGAAAGAGUCGCUACAGAAGACGGUGGAAGCGUUGCGAACCGACAAGAACAAUCUGGAAAGAAACAGAGUUGAGAUCAAUGCAAUGGUGGAAUCCCUGACAUCUGACUACGAGAAACUUCAGAAAGUGAACAGUAGACUGGAGAAGAGCAUAGAGUCCUUGGAGAAUGAGAAACGAGCGCUGAUCUCCGAGAUGGACCAAGUGCGGAGAGAGUUGGCAAGCAGGGAGUCAGUGCUAAGGAGCGAGCAGGAGCGCAGCUCAGGAUUUCGUUCGGAGCUGGUGUCAGUUCGUGAAGAGCUGAACAAGGUGAUCCUGGCUCGGGAGUUGCUAGAACAACAGAAGCUGCACGCUGAUGAUGUACUUGCUCAACACGAGAAGCAUAUCAGCGAGUUAGAGAUUGAAUUAGAGAGAACAUUGCUUGAGAGAGGAGACUUGCAGGACGUUGUAGAGAAACUGCAGGCCAUCAUCAGGAACUUGGAGUGCGACAAGAAGAAGUUGCUAGAAGAUGUUAAACAGUUGGAGGAAGAGAGAUCUUCGUUAUCAAACCAGUCAUCGGAGCAGCAAGGAGACCUUGGCUCACUGCGUAAAGAGCUGUUAGCUGCAGAACAACAGCGCAUCGAGCUGGAGGCCGACAAAGCUGGGCUCGCUGAUAAAAUCAGAUUCCUCGAAGGGGAGAGAGAGAAGGUGGAGAUAGAGUUGCGGCAGGUUAUCAGAGAGCGCGGUGAAGUCAGUUCGCAGUUGAGCGCCAUGUCGCGCAAGAAGGACGCGCUCAACGAGGAGAUGAUGCGCCUGCAGCAGAGGCUGGAGCAAGCUGGAGAGACCAUCGGUCGCCUGAACCGCACCAUCGACGACCACGUCAAACACGGCGAGGAGAAACAAAUACUGAUCGACAACUUGGAGAAGGAGAAGCAGCACCUCCAGGAGCAGCUGGCCAGCGUUCGCUCGGAGAAGGACGCGUUGGAGGCGGUGUUAUUCGACACGGCCAAUAUGCUGGAGGACGCUGAGAGCAAGCGAGCCAAGCUGGAGCACGACCUGCAAGAUACGUUAGUGCAACAAGAGAACUGCAAAGGUCAAAUAGCACGUUUGACGAAAGAGCUUAAUACCAGCGAGAAGAAGCUUCGUGAGACUAAGAGCAGCAUGCAACAGCAGUCCGGGAAGAAGGAGGCGGAGUAUCAGCAGAUCAUCACCAAUCUGAACCGAACCACCGCUGACAAUAUCACCAAGCUCAAGGAAGAAAAGGAACAGCUGCGUCAAUCUCUCGAACAAAAGCUGAGUCAGACGAUUGCGGUGUUGACGAGCGAGAAGGAAGUAUUGGAAGCAUGCGCAAGAGAGAAAGAGAAGAAGCUAUUGAUUGCAAGAGACCAGUUAAUAAUGCAACACGACGAGGCGAUGCUGAGGGCAGAAAAUGAUAAGCAACAAGCUUUGCUUAUGGCCCACCAGGAGCACCAAGCGCUAAUCGAACGAUUGGAAGAAGCAAAACGUAUAUUGAAUUGUGAGCAGAGCAAGUUAGAACGGGUGAAGCGGGAUGCUCAUGCACGGGCAGACCAAGACAGGACUUAUAUCAACCAGCUAAAGGACGAUAUUUCCGUGAUCAAGACACGCCUCGAGGAAGCUAAGGCAACGGCAGAAGACGAUUGUGCCCGUUUCGAGAACCGCAUCAAAGAGUUGCACUUGGAGAAAGAGGCGUUGAACCGCGAGUGUCAAGAGACGCGCGCGCAGCUCUCUCUGGCCGAGGACAAACACGACGCGGCGUACGCCCAGCUGCAUGAUACGAUACGGAGACUGAAGGAGUUGGAGAAUGAAUCAGAAAGUCUUCGCAAAGAGUUGACGGACACGCGACGACAACUCAGCAAUUGUACGGCAGAGCGAGACAAGUAUAACAGCGCUUGUAAGGAGCUACGUGAGCACGUGAAGCGAGCCGAACAUGAACGACGAGAGGCUGCGAGGGAUAGGGACGAAGCAUAUCAUAAGAUAGCAGGUCUGGAAGAGAGUCGUACAACCCUGGAUGUAGAGUUGAGUCGCGUGCAGCAACUGCUGAAGGAUGCGGAGACAGGCGGGCAGCAGGCCGACCGUCAGCUCCGCAGUACUGAGGCGCAGCUGAAGAGAGAACGGGCGGCGCUCGAGCAGGCCACUCAUGACAUCAAGGAGUUACAGUCCAGGUUGCAAAAUGAGAGUGAAGAACGUGAGCGAAUCACAAGCGAAGCGGGCACGCUUAAGCGGCACUGCGGCGAGUUGGAGGCGUCGCUUGCGGGCACGCGCACUGACCUGCACGCAGCGAGGCAACGGGCUGCUGACCUAGAAGAGGCGUGUCGGGCUACUGAACAGGAGAUGGUGAUGCGUUUGGAAGACUUCCGUUCAAAGGAGCGGCGGUUGGAAGAGCUAAAACAUAACUUAGAAGUAUGUCUAGCCGAUGCGACGCAGCAGAUACAAGAACUAAAGACCCGCCUUGGUGCCUGCGAGAGUCGUUGCCGCGGUGUUGAGGCAGCCCUGGCACAGAGCGAGGGCGGGCGACGCGAAGCCGAAGCGCGUCUUUCGUCGGUUGCGCACGCACUGCGGCGAGUGUGCGGCGUGCAACCCGACGGGAGCGUACACGCGGCCGCCAGGAGGCGCCUUGCGAGCCCGGCGCGUCGGUACAGCCCGCACAGAGGUCGUGACCAUUCCGAGGAUCGCAACGAAAUCAUCGACGUGGACCCGGAAUUAAUAAAGAAAGGAGUUCGUAAUCUAAUGCACGAAGUAUGCCAGAUAGAGAGAGAAAAAGAUGACUACAAGGCCCAAGUAAGCAUCCUGAAGAAGCAACUGAAAGAGUCGACAGAGCAGCACGGCAAGGGAGAAGGGAAGCUGCAGUCGCUGAGUUCCAACUUGCGCGGAGUCCAGGAGGAGAAGGCGAAACUGCUGACAUCUGUCGGACAGAAAGAAGCACAGCUUAAUGCUUUGAACGAGUCCGUCCAAGUGAAGACAGUAGAGAUCAGCAACCUACGUGACAAGAUAACCAGUUUGGAAGCGACUUUGAGCUCAAUUACCGAAGAGAAAGUACAAAAUGAGAACAAAGUUGAAAAUCUUCGAGGCCAGCUAAAUGAACGCGUACAGGAAGUCCAGCAGCUUCGUGAAGCCCUUGCAGCCGCUGAAGGUCGCUCAUCCCGUUUGGACGUGCGUCGCGCACAGUUGGAGGGCGAUGUCCAGAGAGCUGCUGUCGCUGCACGGGAUAGAGAACAAGCGUUUAAGAAAGUACAAGAGCGGUGCGACGGGCACAUGCGCACGAUCGCGUCGCUGGAGGACCGGUGUACAUCGCUGAAGGGCACGGUGGAACAACUGUCCACGUCGCUGCAGAAGGCCGCCGCCGCAGAGAGCGAGCUGCGGGCAGACCUCGGCAAGAGCCAGCGCGCGCUCACUGAGGCCAAGAACAACGAGAACAACGCACUCGACAAGCUGCGACAGCUGCAGAAGAAUAUUGCGGCCUGCGAAAACGAACGACGCGUUCUAAGCGAGAAGCUGGAGAGCGCUAAAAGUGCGGCGAGCGAGGCCAAGCGAUUGAACUGUCAACUGUCGGACCAGCUGCACCGGAUGACUGACCAGCUAGCGGCACUUGAGGCGCACAAGGCCGACUUAGAGUCUCAGCUGCGUAUGUGCACGUGGGACGGUAAGGACAGCACCAACAGUAGCGAACUCGAGCGCGAGUUACACGCCGUGCAGCGCGAGCGAGCUGAGCUCAAGGCGAAGUGCGACGCCCUGCAAGACGCCGUCCGUAGACUAGAAGCGGACCGACGCACGCACGUGGUGCGAAGCAAGAGUCACGACCGUGGCAAGUUCUAUUCGGAACUGGACUCGGGAGCUGAUUCGUCGAAAGAGUCCCGUUUGUAUGAGAGGGGCAUCCAGGACAAGAGUCACACUGAGCUGAGUCUUCUGGAACUAGAGAAUCGAGAGCUCCGAAUGAAGAUCCGACGCCUGGAGAAGGAGUUGGCUGACAAGGAGUCCGAGUUGUCUUUGGCACGUAGUCGCUAUAUGACGGACCUGUCGAGCGGCGCGGGGAAGGGCCUUAGACAAGACGUGGACCAGUACCGCCAGGCUGCUCUGCAGGCAGAACGACUGCUAGAAGCCAGGGAGAGCAGCCAUAGACAGCAGAUUGCUAGAUUAGAGGCUCAGAUAUCGCAGCUCCGGUCGCAGUUGUCUGCGGAGAUCCGACGCCGGCAGUCGUACGUGGCGCGCUCGGGACGUGCGGCGCGCGACAUGCAACGGCUCCGCUCGGCGCUUGGAGACUCGCUGCGGACCGUCUCACAGGACCCAGCGCUAGAUUCAUACACACUGGAGCACGAGGCGCGCAAGUUGGACAACACACUCGCGCAUAGCCUGCCGCCCCUCAACGAUUCCUACGACUCGUCCAAGUGACAUUUGACAGGUGUCACGGAUCAAUCAAAUCUGUAGACGGAUAUCUGUCUAUGAAUAUAUAUAUUUUUAUAUUUAAAACACUGACCUGUAUAAAUACCACUGAACAGA